UCAGAUAAUAGAAAAAGAAAGUCGUCUUCUUCUUCUUCUUCUUCUCCUUCUUCUUCUUCUUCUUCUUGUUCAGUAAUUGCACUCGUACGAUUCGCAGUUAUAAGGAAGGUACAUUGACGUAUUAUCGGAACAAGGGUUAUCGUGGCAAACGAUAAACAAAUUGACCCAAGAAAUUUUAAGAAAGACAAAAAAUGGAUAAAAGGACGGUGGAUCAUCAUUCUGAUAAUAACGGGGCAGACGACCGAAUGAUUAAAAAUCAACGAAAGGCACGUGACUUUAUAAAACGUCAUUGCAAACAUCAAGGAAAAGAGAUCAUCGUUAUUUCUUUCUCCAAUAUACUGGGUUAUCAUACUAAAUGGAAAAUAUCAUAAUAGUGGAUUUAAACAAAAUAAUUAUUAAUGCUAAGUUAUGCUUUUCAUUUUCUAUUAUUUUAAAUACUCAUAAAGUAAGCUGUUGUUAUAUUUGAUUUUUUAUAUCCUGAAUCCACUAUUGUAAUACUUUGUAUUUAUUAAGAAAAUCCUUACAUAUGCAGAGUGAACUAUACAUCAUGAAUUGAUUUAUUUCUAUUGAAAGAUUGUUUCACAAAAAUGUCAAUAUUACUUUAUCUGAAGUUCACUCUGUUCUCUUUCUUUUUUUUUUAUGAUUCUAAUAAAACCGAGAAAAAGAUAGACAAAUUAUUAAUCUUACAACGAAUUGAUGAUAUUUUUCUAAGGAAAUGGAUUAUCAGCAUUACGUCAAAUGCAAUAAACAGCUGCAGACGAGUGAAAGGGCAUGCGAUAAAAGGAUUUCUAUGGAACUGACGGAAGAAGAAGAGGAAUAUGAAGAAGAUGAUGAUGAUGAAGAAGAAGAAGAAGAAGAAGAGGACAAAGAGAAAAAAAAGAAGAUGGUAUUAUCGAAUCAUCAUGCAAGUCCAGAGAUUAAAACAGAGACGAGACUUGGUCUGUGCUCUGUUUGUCAUCUCAGUCUAACUGGGAAAACUACAGACGAGACGAAUGUUGCUUUAGAACGAACAUCUAUUUCUUUCCAAGGACAUCUCUUAUGUCGUCGUUGCAUAGAACACUAUUCCUUUCAAUCAGGUCAACGCCACGUAAACGUCAGAUAUCUUAAUUUUUUUGAAUUAACAAUAACAAUAUGUGUCUCUACAGAAGGACACAAAAUAAUGGACUCUACUAACUAUCCUAACAAUUACAACGUUGAACAAAAUGAUGGCAAAUAUUAUCAUCAGCAACAAAGUUAUUUUAAUUUAUUACGAAAAGAUGAUCGAGAUCAAUCGAUUGAUUCUGAAUUAAAAUUCAAUGUACAAACUACAUGGGAAUGUUCUCGUAGACCAAUACGUUGUCCUCGUGUUGAUUGUUCAGUUAACGUUGCUUUUUCGGCAUUAACACAUCAUUUUCUUUUCGAUCAUCCUGAAGUACCUAUUCUGUGUGUUGAUCCUGGGUUGAAAAGUACAUUGAUCGUUGCUUUCUCAGCACUUUCUUAUAACACCAGUCGAUGUUUAGCACUUCUAUUGGUAUCUGGUAAAUUAUCAGACUCUGCUGCACGAUUGUUCAAUAGUAACCAGAUCAAUCCUAAAUAUCGGAAUCGUCUACCACUUCCACUAUUAGCUGCUCGUUUACCCUCCACAAAUUCAUUUUCCAAUGAAGUUUAUGCUAGUGGAGAGGGUCAAUGUGAAAGAAAUACAAUAAUCGUCUGGAUCGCGGGAUUAGACAUUGGAAAUGCUGCAGAUAUUCUUCGAUAUACUAUUCAAGUCGUAGAUAAUAUCGAUAACGAAAGUUUUCGAUCGUUAACAUUUACUGGUCCAAUAAAUUCAUUAAGGACUGCACAACAUCCCCAAGAAGUUUUCUUUAAAGGUGAUUGUAUCGUACUCCAUGAAGGUUUGAUCGGUCAUAUUACUUCUGGCUGUACCAAUCUCAACUUAAACGUUAUCAUACAUUGACGUAGAUUAUUAACGAGAUAA